AUGUCGACAUCUACAUCUGUCACCACGCAACAACAGGGAUCUGUUCGUCUGGCUGCUGAGGAUCAGCACAAGCUCUCCGAUCCGGCAACUGAUGCCACCUUCCAAUCAGUCGCUCGUGGCGACCGAAAUGGCACAAUGAAGCUGCGCGGGAUCCCUACCUUCUCGGACCCGCUUGAGAAGCGUCAGUGGAUGAAGGAACAUAUGGCUGUUGCCUUUCGGUACUUCGGCAAGAGGGGAUACAACGAGGGUAUCUCGGGUCACAUUUCAAUGCGUGAUCCCAUCCUGAAGGAUCACUUCUGGAUGAACCCUUUCGCCAAACACUUCUCUUCGAUUAAGGCCUCGGAUUUAGUACUUGUCGACCACGAAGGAUAUGUCACUGAGGGAGGUGCGCAAUUACCCAUUAACGAGGCGGGGUUCAUGAUCCACUCCGAAAUCCACAAAGCUCGUCCUGAUGUUCUCGCCGCUGCCCAUACCCAUGGUAUUCAUGGCAAGACAUGGAGUGCAUUUGGGAAGCCGAUCGAGAUGCUCACUCAAGAUGCUUGCAAUCUCUAUGGACGUAUUGGCCUCUAUGAGGACCACGGUGGCAUUGCUUUGUCUCAAGAGGAGGGGAGACAGAUUGCCCAGGCAUUGGGCAAAAACAAUAUGGCCUGCAUUCUUCAGAAUCACGGUCUCUUGACCGUGGGCACAACGGUGGAUGAAGCCGCGAUUUUGUAUUCCAUGCUGGAGAACUGCUGCCACUCCCAGCUGAUGGCUGAAGCUGCCGCAGCUAACGGUAUUCCUAAGAAGGUCAUCAACCCCGAGGUGGCUCAGUAUACUGCCGAUACUGCUCAGAACCCUCACAAUUUCUAUACCGAGUUUCAACCAGAGUAUGAGCUCAUCGUUGAGGAAACCAAUGGGAGAGUUCUGCAAUAA